AUGGCAACCAACAGCGAGAUCGACAUCAUCAUGGAGGAGGAACACUCAUACGACCGCUCCUACAGCAUUGCAGAGUACCACGCUUUUGCGCACACCAAUACGUACGACACGAGCUUCCCUCGAUCCCACGGUCUUGAGCUCAGCGCGUGGCACAUCCAGGACAUCAAAACCCCAUGGGAUUGGCUCUGCGCUUCCAUGCCCGGCUUUUGGCUUGUUAAGCUUCCUGUCGAGCUCCGGCAAAUGAUCUUCAAGCUUGUCUUCGAUGACCAGGUCUGGAACGGAAAGCCGGUACCGCUUGUUGUCGCUCUCCGCGGUCACAAAGAUUUGUAUCGGGAGGCUUUGGCCCUUUUCUUCAAGCAUCCAACCAACACCUUUCGACUCUGGCUUUCUAAUAUCAACAGAGCUAUGAACAUGUCUAAGACUGCUGCGAGAGGAAUCAACAAGUUGGAGAUUAGCGUUUCUUCGUUGACUCCGACCUUUGUCAGGGAAGUGUUUACCAGUGGCGCAACAUUCACUGAUGUCCACCUUAAAUUCUCCUACACGACAUCCGAGCUCGAAGAGAAGAUGAUUCCCUGGAUCAAAUUCAUGCUCCAACUUAGCCCUAAGAUCCAUACUCUCUCCGUCACCUACCCCACCUGUCUUGGGUUCCCCGAGUUUCCAGAGAUCCGCAAGGACUACUUAUUCAAGCGGCAGCAGGCGCUAUACUAUGGCCAGACCCUUCCCGACAGACCUGAUAAUAUCAUUCAAUACAUCGGCAACGCAUUUGAUAUAGAUCCCGCGAUCGAAGACAACGAAGUCGAACCGUGCCCAAAAUGGACAUAUGCGAAUGGCAUGGGGUAUAGUAGUCCAAAGUUCCCUGAUAAGCCUGUGGCUGCCUGCACUUACGAAGAGACAACCUAUACUUGGAAAGCUGCCAAGGAAAAGAUAUUGGUUUGGCGUUUCGAAGAUGAGGAGUAG